UAUUAAACUAGAUAUCUGUAGUGUUCUAUUGUUGAAGGUACAAGGUGCGAUACAGUGGCUUGACUGCUUGCCACGUCCUCGAAUCACAAGAUGCAACACAACAACCUGACUGCCUCAACCUCCGCAUCCUUUCCGCUGUUGGGACCGCGAGCUUCACUGAAAAGUGCUGAGACCGCAGACAAUCCUUGCAUUUUGCUGCGUCAUCCUCUUGGACGUUCCCCUCCUUUCUUCAACUGCCCCCCACCUCUGACCUGUAUCAACAGAGAGAAAUAUCAAAACUAAGUCAAGCUAGACUGAAACUCUAUCGCAGCAUGCUCUCGCUUACGUACGAGGGUUGGAUCUAAUCUCAUUAUUAGAUUCCCCGGCAAUCCUCGAAGGUUAGGUUGUUGCUCUCCAUCCAAUAUCUUUUUAGCCAAUUGACCCUGGGUGGGCUUCGAUUGUCAAGAUGGGUCUCGGCAUUGUGGACGUAAAAAACCGCCAGGUUCCAGGAACUGUUGACAUCCUUGAAAAAGAACGCUCCACAGACCAACCCCCUGCUUAUUAUUCGAAUCUGAAGUAUGACCGCUCCGGACCAGAACCCAUACUCCUAGUACCACAGCCAAGCGAUGACCCGAACGAUCCACUGAACUGGCCGUUGUGGAAGCGCGACUUGACCCUCUUCGCGCUCUCUCUCGUGGCUGUUCUCUGCGCGACAACUAGCUCCGUCAUGGCAGCCGGAACUGUGACGCUUUCUCGGUACUACAUGGAAAGCUUCAUGUCCAUCGCUCUGCUCACUGGAUAUCACCUCUGUGGAACCGGAAUCGCGGGCAUCCUUAUUGUACCGACUGCUCGAGUAUGGGGCAAACGCCAUCUCUUCGUGCUUGGACAUAUUUUGAUGGUGGUGAGCUGCGCAUGGGCUGGUGGCAGUGGGAAGAACUAUCAGAGUCUUCUGUGGGCUCGCAUCUUUCAAGGCGUUGCCUUGGCUCCAUUCGAAGCCUUAACAAACGCUGUUGUUGACGAUCUGUUUUAUGUGCAUCAACGUGGCAAGAGAAUGGCCUUGUCCAACGUCGCAGUUUUCGGAGCUGCUUUUCUCACACCAGUUGCGGCGGGUAAAAUCACGAAGACCAUGGGCUGGGACUGGACAUUUUACUUCAUUGCUAUUUUUGCUGCUGCUGCUCUACCUCUCACAAUCUUCCUGGUGCCAGAAACAGCUUUUAGGCGGCCGAAUUAUCUGGACAUGCAUUCGGAACGCGUGCACGAUCGAACUGGAGGUGCGCAACAUGAUGGAUCGUACAAGUUCCAGGAGGGCGGUUUGCAGGAGCCCAAGCAGUCGUCGAAUAGCAACGGCGAGUCGUCAUACAAUGUUGCUAGCGAAGAACCCGCGAGACAAAAGGAUGUCCCUGAAAAAGUUUCAUAUCUUCAGACCUUGAAACUAUUUAAUGGGAGGAAAACGGACGAGUAUUGGUGGAAACUCCUCCUGCGUCCGUUCCCGCUGUUUUUCCAUCCUGCAGUCCUAUGGGCGUGCUUGAUUCAAGGUGUCAUCAUCGGAUGGACAGUCUUUAUCGGUGUUACUUUAGCUGCUAUUUUCAUGAGUGGCCCGCUUUGGUUCGAAGAGGACAAAACUGGAUACAUGUACACAGGAGCCUUUAUCGGUGCCAUGGUGGGGCUUGUGUUGUCAGGAUUGUUGUCCGACUUCAUGAACCAACUGAUGAUCAAACUCAACAAGGGAAGAUUCGAGCCUGAAUUCCGUAUCCUCCUUGUGAUCUUCCAGUUAAUCUUUUGUGGCAUCGGCUUGUACGGCUUCGGGAUCACUGCAAAUGACGCCGCACACUACGGUUGGCUGCCACCGGAUGUGUUCUUUUGCUGCGUCGUGAUCGGGAUGGUGAUGGGCGCUGUCGCCAGUGCUUUGUAUAUCGUCGAUGCUCACCGCGACAUUGUUAUCGAGGCAUUCACAUGCAUGUUGAUUUUCAAAAACAUCUUCAGCUUUGUGUUGACCUUCUAUACGUAUGACUGGCUUGUGGAAGCGUACGUCCGAAAGCCGUUUAUGGCAAUUUCAAGUAUCCAGGUGGCCAUUUGUGUUCUGAGUAUUCCCAUGUAUAUUUUCGGAAAAUGGAACAGGCACUUUUUCUCGCGACAUGACAUUCUGAAGCUGUUAGGGUUAUGGUAGUAUGGUCCAUAGCAAGGGGGAGCGACUUAAUAGAAACAGGAGGGUCGUCGCUCUCGGCCGUCCGUUGAAGGACGACAAGCACUGUAAUAAUACUAAUGGAGUUGUAGUGAAGUGUCUUGAAAAGGGUGGUGGAUUAUGUUCUUUAAUCAUAUAGAAGUGGUACAAUAUAUUAACGCACGGUCUGGAACGGAUCUCCACGACUAUCACGCAUGAAC